AAUAGUAAAAGCAGGGUGAGUGAGUGGUUUGGUAGCCGCUGCAGUAGGAGGAAGGAACGCGGUUCUACCCCUAGUUAGUCUCUUUCAGUUUCGCCAUAAAAAUAUAUCAGUGUGCCCGUUCUGAUAGCAAUCGGUGAUUUUAGUAUUAGAAUAGGGUAUUAUUUGAGAUAGAAAUAUUUCGAAUAGUUACCCCCCGGAUAGAGACAGCAACCGCCAUUUUAAUCGAGUAUAACACAUUUUCGGUGACAGCGCUAGCACAACAAUGGCUCUGAAAAGAAUUCACAAGGAGUUGAAUGACUUGGCACGGGACCCACCAGCCCAGUGUUCAGCAGGACCAGUAGGAGAUGACAUGUUUCACUGGCAAGCCACGAUAAUGGGACCUAAUGACAGUCCUUAUCAGGGUGGGGUGUUCUUCCUGACUAUUCACUUUCCCACAGACUACCCCUUUAAACCGCCAAAGGUUGCGUUUACCACGAGAAUCUACCACCCAAAUAUCAACAGCAACGGCAGCAUCUGUCUGGACAUCCUGCGAUCACAGUGGUCUCCCGCCCUCACCAUCUCCAAAGUUCUCCUGUCAAUCUGCUCUCUGCUGUGCGACCCAAACCCAGACGACCCCUUAGUACCUGAGAUCGCCCGCAUCUACAAGACGGACAGGGAAAAGUACAACAGAAUAGCUCGGGAAUGGACACAAAAGUAUGCAAUGUAGUGUUGGCGUAGAAUCAUGACCAACCACGUCUACAGCUAAUGUUAGCGGAGCUUUAGAAGUAAAGAGAAAAAAAUGAAAAAGAGAUCUUGUUGGUUUCCAUUGGAAUGUUUUCUUUGAGCCACAUCUCCCCUUAACCAGAGCACCUGUAAACUCCCUCUUUCCUGCCCCCCCCCCCCCCUUCACGACCAGUCCACCCACCUCGGCCUCCACCCAACUUAACCUGACAGCCAAUGGUGUACAUAUUCUCAAACUGCAGUCGUACCCCCCUUGCCCCUUGUGCUCCUUUCAUACCCACCCCACGCUCCCCUCCUUAUUCCUGGUCAUAUUCCUGAUGCAGGCAGGGCUGUUCUUCUCCCCUGCUGACGUUCCCAUAGGGCCCUGCCUAGGGCCCUACCUGCACCCUCACUCCAAAUGUUCUUCAUUCUUAAAGCAUUCCUUAUCUGUAUGACUUGGGGACUGUUCCUUUCUUUUGGGGGGGGGAGUCUGAAAUUGAGGGAUUUUUUUUACUCUACCUUGUUUUCUUUCCUGAUCUCCCAGCUAUAUAGGCCUGAUUUCAGGAAAGCCUUUCACAUGUUGAGCCGGGGACACUUGUGUGUUUUGUAUAAAAUCUAGUAAGGAAUUAUUUUAAUCAUAGCAGGCUAUAAAAUGGAAAACUGUUAUGGCCUUUUCGUCUGUUUCUCUUGAAUUAUAUGAAAGGACUUGAAUUUAUCCACUCUCCCCCACUAUUGCCAUAAGCCAAGAUUGUUCCCUUGCGCGCACACACACACCCAAACUCAGUUUCUCCAAGACCACCACCUUCGUUACAUUCACAAACUGGAGGUUUUGGACCAGGUAUUUUAAAGAAAGUUUUCUUAGUUUAACCUGUUUUAUUUCCCUAUAACUCAUAGGUUGCAUUUUUGUUAUUGUUGAAAUUCGAGGCUAACAUCUUCAGGCUUGGGCUCUGGGUGCGAGGACAAAAUGCUCCUCACACAAACAAACUCUGUAUAUUAAAUUACCUGAGAGGCUCUUUGAGCUUUGUGUGUUGAUUAAACUGUGUAAUAAAAACCAUGACUCAAGCGUC